GAGGCCACUGAAUCUCUCCGUGAUACUUGCUGCAUGACCAGGCCACUGUAGAAUAUACUCUCUGCCUGUUUCAACCAUUGCUAUUUCUGUGAAAGCCAAUCCAAUUGAGGACACCAUUUCAUAACAUUAAAGACAUCGAUAGAUUAAUGGAUAAAAAAAAUUAUCCAAUAUAUUCCAGUUAUUGUCUCAUACCUUAUUGAUCAUUGGUCAGUUCGGAAAUUUAUUUAGUGCGACUUAUUCAACGGAAAAUGGACUUUUUCCCUCAUUAGAAAGUGCUGAAAAAUUUCCUCUGAAUCAAACGUAUGUGAAGAAUCUUCGUAGCUGAGGCACAGACACAAAAAACACACGAGCAUACACUGGCAGCAUUGUAACAACUAUUUUUUUACAGAAUAUUUGAAGGAUUUUUUUUUUGUGGAUUACGUCUACGUUAUGAUUAUCUUGGUGUUCCUAAUUCUUAUUGUUUUUGAAUAUUUUCGUUUCGUCCAUCUUUCUUGUUGCACAUCAUUAGCGAAGAGGAUGAACAUUACAAACAACAGUAUAUCAAGGACUUUAGAUACGACGGAUGGUUAUCUGACUGUUUUCUGACUGAAAAAUGCCAAAGGGGAACACAAACAGUUUUUAGAUAUACUCACAGAGUUUUACUUUUGGAGGCUUUAUUUGGCAUCGUCGCUAUUGCAGUUUUUGGUACAGUUUGGUGAUUGAACGGCGCUAUCUGCAGUUUUUCGAUGCAACGACUUUCUAACCUUUAAUUCCACACAUGUCACAUUAUAACCUCAAAAAAAAUAGUAAAGAGAACCAUGCGACCUGGAGUAAAAGGAGUUCCCCAACUUCUGAACGUAGAUCGUCAACCGGGUAAACCGAAGAAACGUAGAAAAAUCACUCUGGUCUUUGAUGAGGAGAAAAGGAAGGACUUUCUGGGUGGAUUCCACAAGAGGAAACUCCAGAGAAGGCAGAAGGCUCAGGAAGAGCUGAAAGUGAAAUUGAAAGAGGAAAAGAAACGAAUAAAGCAAGAGGCUCGUGAACGUUUUAAGACCCUCGUAUCCCAACGAGACAUUCCGGAACUGGAGGAACUCCUCCUCAAACAGGAAUAUGAGACAGAUGGCAAGACAGUCAGUAUUUUGGAGCUGAAUGUCAACGAUUUAGCUCAGAGCUCCAACUGGAUCGGUGAAAAUAAACCUAAAUACGAAGAAGAGUGUAACGAUGAAGAAGAAGUUGAAGAAGCAGAAGAAAGUGAAGAGCAAAACGUCCCUGGUAUGGAAUUGAAACCCAAAAAGUCCAAGAAUACAAACGAGAACGAAGAAACCAAACCCCAAUUAUCAAAAAAAUCUAUAAGUAAAGCUCGGCAAAAGGAAACAUUGAAACAGACGAGUAGAAGUAAAGUAUUCCAAUUGAAACAGAGAUUAGAUCGUCAAAGGAAUAAAAAACUGGCGAAAAAGGUACAGUUCAAACAGGAGAGAGCUAUCAAGAAGGCCAAGGGAAAGACUAAGAGGAAAUUGAUCAAGAAAAAGUCUUGAAAAAGUUUGUAUUUUAUUUUGUAAAUUAAAUUGUCUUUUAACAAA